AUGCCUCCAAAGAAGAAUAAGCAACAACAGCAACAGGCUAAGAAGAAGGACAAUGUCGACAAAACAUUCGGUAUGAAGAACAAGAACAGAUCCACUAGGGUCCAGAAAUUUAUUAGACAAGUGGAACAGCAAGGUGUUGAUCCUGCAAAGGAAGACAUGAGACGUCGGAAGGCUGAAGAGAAGUUUAUGAGAGAAGCACAGGAAGCUGAAAGAAGAUUAUUAUUUAAUAAUGUAUCUGAUCAAAGAGUUCGUGCUGGUGUAGACCCAAAGACUGUCGUUUGUGCACUUUUCAAGUUAGGGAAUUGUAAUAAAGGUGCCAAAUGUAAAUUCUCACAUGAUCUUAAUGUUGGUAGAAGAGUUGAGAAGAAGGAUCUGUAUCAAGAUGCGAGAAGUGAAAAGGAACAAGAUACAAUGGAUAAUUGGGAUGAAGAAAAAUUGAGAAAAGUUAUUCUUUCUAAGCAUGGUAAUCUAAAGACUACCACGGAUAAAGUUUGUAAAUAUUUCAUUGAGGCUGUCGAGAAUGGGAAAUAUGGUUGGUUCUGGAUUUGUCCAAAUAAUGGUGAUAAGUGUAUGUAUAGACAUUCCUUACCAGAAGGUUUUGAAUUAAAGACUAAAGAACAAAGAAGAUUAGAGAAAGAAGCUUUGGAAAACCAACCAAAGAUUACAUUGGAAGAGUUUAUUGAAACUGAAAGAGGUUUUUUGGAUAAGACUAAAUUGACACCUAUCACUAUUGAAAAUUUCGCAGAAUGGAAGAAAAGUCAUAUUAUUGCUAAACUCAACGCUGAGAAGAAAUUAAAUGAAAAGAAGAAACCUUCUGGUCGUGAAAUUAUACAGAAAAUGUCUAGUAAUGGUGGUAUCUUAAUAGAUGAACCAGUUGAUGAGGCUGAAAGUGUCUAUUCUCAAAUUUCUAAUGAAGAAGAAGAAGGAUCGGCUUGGGAUUUGACUGAAUUCACAGAUGCAUUAAAGGUAGCUGAUCAUAAAGAUGAUAGUGGGGUUAAGGAUUACGGUGAUGGGUCCAAUCCAACUUUCGAAAUCAAAGCACGUUAA